AAACCUUUGUCAAUUCUGUCAGCGCCAUGUCAGCAAAACUCGUAAAUUUUAUACAGCCUCACAAAAUCCUUAGUCGAAAUAUGUAAUAUUUGAUAUGAGUAAAUUUAAUUCAUCAGCAUGGGCCACCUUCCGGAACCGCAUCUUUCGGACAUCACCGUAUAAUAUUUCCAAUGAAAUUUCCAAUUUUUUCAAAUCAGCUUACAACCUGUUUUCCUCGCCAAGCAAACCUAACCGAAAUGGAGGAGCUUUCCUGCGUAGAUUAUCGACUGACUAUUCAAAUUCAGACGAAUAUACGAGAAGACGCGCAUUGCUGAGAUGGACGAUUCUCUCAAUUUUUCCGCGUAAGCCAACACCUGAAACAUACCAGAAUGCAUACGAAGUCGAACGGGUUAUUUCGGAUAUGGUGGUGAAAGCAGAGAAGAUGGUAAUCGAUGGCAAGUUGCCUGAAGCUAAGGCUGUUCUUCUAGAAGCAUUAAAGCUGGCUGAAGACACCACGGUCUUCAGCAAUAUAUCAUCGGUUUAUGACCUCCUGUCGACAAUAGCAUUUAAGGAAGGUGGAAUCCCAGAAGCUGAGGACAUGCUGGUCAAGUUUAUUGAGAAACUUAUUCAGUUAGGAUACCCGGAAAAUCACAACAGCAUCAUUCGCUUCAAAUUGAAACUGUCAAGACUUUACCAAUCUGUGGGAAACCGAGAUAUGGCCGAGCUGGGUUUCAGGGACUGUAUAAAUACUCAAGAGGAGAAACUUAUGAAAAACAAGGCAAGCGAUGAACUUACAAGUUUGAUCUAUGUAAGUUCACUUUUUUGGUAUGGACGUUUCCUAUCUGAAUAUGGCGAGUAUCAGAAGGCAAAAGCAGUAUUGAAGAAGGCUCUCAAUUCGUUGGCUAGCACACAUUCUGUUUCUGCAGCACAGGUCAUGGUUGUUCUAUACUACAAUGCGGAGGUUGCAUAUAUACUCAAGGAGUAUGAUGACUCUCUAAUUUAUCUCUACCAAGCCAUAAAUCUCUGCAAGAAGAACGAUCCAGACAAUCCAGACCUUCCAUUAUACUUGAUAAAAGUUGGCUACAUUCAUAUUAUAAAAGGAUUGUAUGAAGACGCCAAGUUUUGGUGUCAAACAGCUGGACAAAUGGCGCAAAUGUCGCGCAAUGAGGAAGCUAAAACAGAAGCUGGACUAUGCAUUGAGACACUACAGAAAGCUAUGAAGGACUCAAUAAAUGAGAAGCAGAAUUGAAAUUCCGGGUAGACAGAUAAACAUAAAUGUAGAUUUUUGGAAAAUUUUCGAAAUUAAAUAAACAAAUAGAAUAUAUAGCAAUUCA